AUGUCUUUUGGCAGGAAGCAGUUGCAGUGGGCCAUGGCCUAUGGCGCGGAAAUAUUCAGGGGAAGUUUUCCUGGCAUGAUGUCCCUUGAGGAAACUACUGCUGCCAGUUUCAAGUCUGCCAUCACUUGUACCAAGGCAUCUCUGAGGAGUUUGUUGCCAGAAGGCACUAGGCUGUUGCUUUCUCAGCAGUUGGAAAACAACUCGACCUUUCAUGUCCCCGAGUCCGAGAUCGCCUAUACAAAAUCGCCUUCGGGUCUGAAUGCCCUGUGUGCGGUUCAGGUAGAGGUGACGGGUGACAAUGAUUCUAAGUACAGCUUCGGCUUGUUCUUACCUGAACAUUGGAAUGGCAGGUUUCUUGGUGUCGGGAAUGGUGCAUUUGCUGGCGGUGUGAAUUGGGCAGACAUGGCCGCGGGCGCCCAGUAUGGCUUUGCCAGCAUGUCCACAGAUACUGGCCACCACUCAGGUUUUCAGGACGGCUCUUGGGCCUGGAAGAAUCCCGACGCAAUCGACAACUGGGGCCACAAAGCCAUGCACGGCUCCACAAAGGCCGCGAAGAGCAUCGUCAGAGCCUAUUACGGCACUGACAACAAGAAAGUGGACAUAUCAUCCAGCUACUACAGCGGCUGCUCCACAGGCGGGCGUCAGGCCCUGAAGGAGGCGCAGGAGUACCCUGACGACUAUGACGGAAUUCUUGCCGGCGCACCGGCCUGGUGGUCGAAGCGCCUGCACCUAUUCAACCUCGUGGCGGGAAUUUUCAACUUGCCUGUGGAGGCAGCGCAUCACAUCCCGCCUGAGAUGUUCCCUGUCAUUGCUGCUGAAACUUUACGGCAGUGUGAUCCCCAGGAUGGCGUGAGGGAUAAUAUCAUCUCUUCGCCCGAGACUUGCCUGCUGCAGCUAGAGACUUUGCUAUGUGGCCCAAAGUCUGAUGCGAGUAGAUGCCUGAAGGCGGCACAGUUGGAGACGCUGCAUCGGCUUUAUAACGACUGGAGGGAGGCCAAUUCAACUUUCAUAUUUCCUCACUUGCUACCGGGCAGCGAGUGGGAGUGGGAAAAGCUGAGUGGUUCGGAUCAGCCGAACUCAUUGGGCGUCGACUACGUGAAGUACUUCCUCAACUUUGGCCCGGACUGGAUCUGGCAGGAGCGCUAUAGUCCGAGCCUCCUUCGAGUUGCUGAGGAGAUGGACCCGGGGAACGCAACAGCCGACAAUUACGACUUAUCCCCUUUCUUUGAGCGGGGCGGGAAACUGCUGCUUUACCAUGGCCUCUCGGAUCCAGGUAUUCCCCCUGGAAGCACUUUGUACUUCUAUCACCAAGUUGUGCAGACUCUCAAGCCUCGAGGUACUGACGUGAGCGACCAUUCUCGUAUCUUCCUCGUCCCCGGGAUGUUACAUUGUCAAGGCACUCCAGAAUCCAACAACGCCCCAUGGUACUUCGCCGGCGCCAACCAGCAAGCCGCCCUCAAAGGUCCCGUUCCAUAUUCGGUACCUGGCUUUGCCGACGCCAAACAUGAUGCCAUGCUGGCCUUGAUGGAGUGGGUUGAAAAUGAUCGAGCCCCUACCGAGAUCAUCGCCACCAAAUGGGCCGGUGAUGAUCCACGGGCCAGGGUGACCAGCCAACGGCCGGCAUGUAUAUAUCCACAAGUGUCCAAAUUCCAAUAUGGCGGCGACUCAGAGGGUAGUCGCGCUGAUCCGAUGGUUCCGAAGAAUUGGGCGUGUGAGAAUCUCUGGAAUCAGGAUACGGAGAUCCAACAAUAA